AGGCGCGAGCCCCGCGCAGCCAUGGACUGGCUCAUGGGGAGUUCUCUGGGCUGGGGCACACCCGCUGGUGUUCACUGCUGCUCCGCGGGAUGGUGCCUGGGAACACGGAAGUAGAAACAAUUGAAAUAAAAACAAAAGGUUAAAGAGAGGAGGAGGUGUUUGGCAGGGACCUCAGGCCACAUGUGCUCCGUGGCCCAUCCGCUUGGAAAGGAAGUCUAAAGCCAAGCCAAACGGCAAGAAACCCGCUGCAGAGGAGAAGAAGGCGUACCUGGACCCCGAGCACACCAAGUCGAGGAUCACUGACUUUGAGUUCAAGGAGCUGGUGGUGCUGCCCCGGGAGAUCGACCUCAACGAGUGGCUGGCCAGCAACAGUGCCAACAACAUUUUUCCACCACAUCAACCUGCAGUAUAGCACAAUCUCAGAAUUUUGCACAGGAGAGACGUGUCAGACGAUGGCCGUGUGCAACACACAGUACUACUGGUAUGAUGAGCGGGGGAAGAAGGUCAAGUGCACAGCCCCCCAGUAUGUUGACUUCGUCAUGAGCUCUGUGCAGAAACUGGUGACUGACGAAGAUGUCUUCCCCACAAAAUACGGCAGAGAAUUCCCCAGCUCCUUCGAGUCUUUGGUGAAGAAGAUCUGCAAGUACCUGUUCCACGUGCUGGGCCACAUCUACUGGGCCCACUUCAAGGAGACCUUGGCCCUCGAGCUGCACGGACACUUGAACACACUGUACGUCCACUUCAUUCUCUUCACAAGAGAGUUCAACCUGCUUGACCCCAAAGAGACCGCCGUCAUGGACGACCUCUCUGAGGUGCUGUGCAGCAACGCUGCCGCUGGUGGUGCCACUGGGGAUGGGGCCAGCGGCGGGGCCCAGGGGGCACAGAACCAUGUGAAGGAGAGAUGAGCCCCAGGGCCACAUGGGUGCACAUGUGCAAAGAGACAGCUGUGUGUCUGCGUGUGCGCACACGUGCCCGGGCAUGCUGGUGGCAAGGUCUGAGGGUCCCGGGCUGCUCCGAGUGUGGUCUCCACAGAUGCCGCCAGGGUCAAGGCGCAUUUCCUGGCUUUCUCUUGGAUGGAUGAGUGCCGUUUGUAGCGAAGAGCCUUUGGAUUCAUUCGUUCAUUCAACAAACAUUUAUUGGAUGUUUUGAGUUUUCUUCUGUGGGGUUUUCCUUUCUUGGGUCUUCCGUUUGGCUCUUGCCCUCCCCUGCCCCUUCUCUGAGGGGCUCUGCGGCUUUGAAAGAAGCACCUUGUGAGAGGUGUCUCCUCUGAGGGGGCUUGAUCUGCAGACCCAGGGUCCUCUGCUUUGGAACUGGGGCUUUGGCAGAAGCCUCCCCCCGUUCCCUUCCCGGCCCUUGCCUGGAUCCUGGCUGUCGGUGGCUCAGUUGCUGGGGUAGAGAGGCCUGGGGUGACCCAGGAGGGCCCACGCCUGCUGCUUGCUCCUGUCAUCCCCCCUUUGCUGCUUCCUCAGUGCCCAGGGAGGGCCCAUUGUGCACAGGGGCCAGGGCAGGGCCAGGACAGGGCUAAGGCCCUGUGGAGACAGGACUGUCAGCAGAAGGCAGAAUUCGCUUUAGUUCAUCUGUUCAGUCAUAAUAAAAAGAAUUCUCUCAGGUCAGA